AUGGCCUUUAGAUUCACAUCCUCUUCGAUUGCUCUGAAUCCUUUUGAAUCAAACCAAAAUCGAUCGGCCGAAUCGAUCCUGAAAUAUAUCCCAGCUUAUCACGUAUUCAUAACAAAUAGAAGGUGGGGGGCACCCGGAAGGAGACGAACAACCAGAUAUACUACUUGUUUACUAGGCGGAGAGAUAAGAAGAGAGGCGGGAAACCGAAAGCAAGCGGGCAAAGUUGUAACGUUUGGUCGAGGAAACGUGGAUAUAUCGGGCACUGGCGUGGAAGAAAAGCAAGUAGUAGAGCAAGCGAGAAAGGAGUUUCGGCGAAAGGGGGGUGGGGGUUGUGAAAUGCAAGCAAGGAUGCAGAGGUGGUGUGGCGAAUCAGGACCAGUUUCAGGCCUGCGCUCACUCUUCAUACCCACGUUGCUGCGUGCCGUAGACGGAUCGUGAGAGAAGAAAGAAGAGGAAGAA